AAAAACAAUCGAAUACAUCAAGUACGUAGUUCAAGACGCAACACUCGGUAAUUUUGGAAAAAAGGUCAAUAUGAAACCGAUAACACUGCUAGUUGGAUUUGCACUCUUUGUCGCAAUUGUCAUUCCGACUAUUAAUGCAGAAUCUCUAGCCUCUGCUGAAGCUGAGGCAGAUGCAGAUGCAGACGCAGACGCAGACGCUCAAGCUGUGGCCGAAGCAUUUGCCGAGGCAUUCGCCGACGCUAAAAUUGAUUGGCAAAAACUGAAGGAACAGUUCCAUGAAAUGGCUGUAAAAGUAACGGAUUGGGCAAGAAAACAACUGGAGAAAAAAUAAUAUGAAGAUUUUAGAAAUAGAAAUACUUUACGUUCAUUAUCAGUUUUAUGUCUGUAAAAAGCUAAAUACUUUUUAACGUUAAAUACAUGUCCAACAGCAAAUUAAA